AUGCUUCACUUCAAUGCUCCCUCACCCCCUUUCAACCCCCCCAAUAGAUCACAUUAUUAUGUCCAGUUGAACGGCAUCUCAGUGGGGGGGCAGCGCCUGCCAGGCAUCGACCAGUCGUCCUUCUCCUCGCAGCCGGACGUGUUUGGCGGCUCGGGCAGCCUGCAGGCGGGAGGGGUGAUCAUGGACAGCGGCACCACCCUCGCCAUGUUCCCCACUCCGAUUUACAACACGUGGCUGGACGCGGUGAGUGUUGCUUGUGGCAGUCAGGGGGCAGCAGUGUGUGCAUGGCUUCAUGCACUGGUUUUACUGCGGGUCGGGGAGCCUGCAGGGGGGAGGGAGGGGGUGAUCAUGGACAGUCACAGUGGCACCACCCUCGCCAUGUUCCCCACGCCCAAUCUACAACACGUGGCUGGACGCGGUGAGUGGGAAGCAGCAGCAUCGGCAACGCGAACAACCCACGUGGUUACUUCUCUCAUCACCUUGCCCCAAGUGGGCGCCACGUCAGACUUCCUCUGCUACGACUUUGGCUCCAACAAGUAUGAGGAACUUUCCAAGUACUUUCCGACGGUGACUCUGCAUUUCGAGGGGGCAGACAUGACCGUUGAACCCCCCGGCUAUGUCUUCCUGCACUCAAAUGUGAGUCCACUAUGCCUUUCCUUCCGCUCCUCCUCCUAUCAAUCAAGCCCCGUCCCCCAUCUGAGAGGGCUGACCGUUGAACCCCCCGGCUACGUCUUCCUGCAUUCAAACGUGAGCCCAGCAUGCCAUCCCUUCCGAUCUUUCCUAUUGAGUCGAGCCUCAUCCCUUUUGAGAAUUCUCAAAAGUGAUCCCACAUCCGAGUGGACAUGA